AUUUCAAGUAAUAAGUAUUCAAGCAAGGAAUUAAACACACCACCGUCUCAGAACAAUAAUUAUAAUGUCCGGCGGUGCCAAAGGCCCCAUGAAGGGGCGUCUUUGGCCACAAAUGCCCAUUACUGCAGCAUUCGCCAUUAUUCUCAUUUCCUACAAUGUGGCUGCUGCAGAUCCUUACAUCUAUAAUUCUCCACCUCCACCACCUUAUGAAUACAAGUCUCCUCCGCCACCCUCACCUUCACCUCCACCUCCAACUUACUACUACAAAUCUCCCCCACCACCCUCACCCUCUCCGCCGCCACCCUACUACUACAAGUCUCCUCCUCCUCCAGAAAAAUCCCCGCCACCUUACUAUUACAAAUCCCCACCACCACCUUCACCAUCUCCUCCCCCACCUUACUAUUAUAAGUCUCCACCCCCACCUAAGGAGCCUUACUACUACAAGUCUCCACCACCUCCAUCACCAUCUCCUCCACCGCCAUACUACUACAAGUCUCCACCACCUCCGUCACCAUCUCCUCCACCGCCAUACUACUACAAAUCUCCUCCUCCUCCAUCUCCAUCUCCUCCACCCCCAUACUACUACAAGUCACCUCCUCCUCCAUCUCCAUCGCCGCCUGCACCUUACUAUUACAAAUCUCCACCACCACCUUCACCAUCUCCUCCUCCGCCUUACUACUAUAAGUCACCUCCUCCUCCAUCUCCUGUGCCUCAUCCACCUUACUAUUACAAAUCUCCACCGCCACCUUCACCAUCUCCUCCUCCGCCUUACUACUAUAAAUCACCUCCUCCCCCAUCUCCUGUGCCUCAUCCACCUUACUACUACAAGUCCCCGCCACCACCAGUGAAAUCUCCACCUUACUACUACAAUUCUCCUCCUCCACCAGUUGUAUAUCACCACCACCCCCAUCACCAGCUGGUCGUUAAGGUUGUAGGUAAAGUCUAUUUCUACAAAUGUUAUGACUGGGCAUACCCCGAAAAAUCUCAUAACAAGAAACACCUCAAAGGAGCUGUUGUGGAAGUGACAUGCGAAGUAGGAAGUAAAACCAUAAAGGCAUAUGGUACAACAAAGAUCAAUGGAAAAUACAGUAUUACUGUGAAGGACUUUGAUUAUGUCAAAUAUGGAUCUGCAGUGUGCAAGGCUAAGCUCCAUGCUCCUCCUAAGGAUUCACCCUACAACAUCCCUACCUUGUUGAAUGAUGGAACUCACUUGUUUUUGAAGUCUGAGAACAAAUAUGAAGUUGUCCUCAAGGCUAAGCCAUUUGCUUAUGUUUCAAAGAAGUCAGAUGAAGAAUGUGAAAAACACAAUCACCACCACAAUCACAAACCUUCACCUACUCCAUAUUAUUACAACUCACCACCUCCUCCAUCAUCACCCACUUAUGUAUAUAAGUCUCCACCACCAUCACCAUAUUAUUACAAAUCUCCACCUCCACCAUCACCCACUUACAUAUAUAAGUCUCCUCCUCCACCUGCAUAUUAUUACAAGUCACCUCCUCCACCAUCACCAGUAUAUGUGUAUAAGUCUCCACCUCCACCAGCAUAUUAUUACAAAUCUCCACCCCCACCAUCACCUACUUAUGUCUAUAAGUCUCCACCUCCUCCUCCAUACUACUACAAGUCUCCACCCCCACCAUCACCAUCUCCUCCACCGCCUUACUAUUACAAAUCUCCUCCCCCACCCAAAGAGUUGCCACACCCUACUCCUUACUAUUAUAAAUCACCACCUCCACCAUCUCCAUCGCCACCACCUCCUUACUACUACAAGUCACCUCCACCACCAUCACCUUCUCCUCCUCCUCCAUACUACUACAAAUCCCCUCCCCCACCUAAAGAAUUGCCACACCCUACUCCUUACUACUAUAAAUCACCGCCUCCACCAUCUCCAUCACCACCACCUCCUUACUACUACAAGUCACCUCCACCACCAUCACCUUCCCCUCCUCCUCCAUACUACUACAAAUCCCCUCCACCACCGUCUCCAUCGCCUCCUCCUCCAUACUACUACAAGUCUCCUCCUCCUCCAGAAAAAUCGCCAGAACAUCCUCCUUACUACUACAAAUCUCCUCCUCCACCAUCACCAUCACCUCCUCCUCCAUACUACUACAAGAGUCCUCCACCACCAUCCCCAUCACCACCACCCACUUACUACUACAAAUCACCACCUCCACCAUCACCUUCACCACCGCCUCCUUACUAUUACAAGUCACCUCCACCACCAUCUCCAUCACCACCUCCUCCUUAUUAUUACAAAUCUCCUCCACCUCCCUCGCCUUCUCCACCACCUCCUUACUACUACAAGAGUCCUCCUCCACCAUCUCCCUCUCCUCCUCCUCCCUACUACUACAAAUCUCCUCCACCACCAUCACCGUCUCCCCCACCACCUUACCAUUACGUAAGCCCUCCUCCACCAUCCCCAUCUCCACCACCACCAUAUCACUAUACCUCACCACCUCCUCCAUCCCCAACUCCUACUCCCACAUACACUUACAAGUCUCCUCCGCCACCGGCGUACAUCUAUGCUUCCCCACCACCACCAAUCUACAAGUGAGGUUAGAAUGCAGAAACACAAAUCGUGAUAAGUCAUGGUCUAGUGGAAUAAAGUCUUUUAUUUGGAGCAAAGUAAAACAUUAUUCAUAUCCAAGUUCUUUGAAUAACAUAAUUUCUCUAAGCUACAAGGUUCGCUAUUUGGGUGAGGCUGCUGCUUCUGUUUCUUGGACAGCAAUCUUACAUGUCCUGUGCUUAAUAAGUUCAAGAAAAAUCGGCAACAAGCCCCAUCAGAUUUGAAACGUAGAAGCCAAGUCAAGGAGAGAUAUAUAUUUCUUAUUUGUUUAUAUGCAUAAAUUAAUAUUAUCAUUUGUACGUUCUUUGUAUGUUUAUUUCCAAUUAUUGUGCCAUUUUUUAUUAAUUGUAUCUUCUUACGCGUUUGCAAUAAGAGUAAUCAUAAUAGAGGAAUGCUAGGGGGCCAGCAACAUUUGGGAUUUAUAGCCAUCAAAUAGCCAUCAAUGAGGCUUUUAAUGGUGUGAGAUUAAUGUGAGAUUUCAUCCAAUGGCUCACUCUUCUUUGAUGGUUACAUGCUGGCCAGAAUUUAAUAAAAUUGCUGGCCCUUAGACUUUUCCAUCAUAAUAUAUAUUACUUAGUCUGCACCGUUUUAAUUCUUGGUUAAUUUCUUCCCUAAUAAGCAAAGCAUAUGGUAAUAUUUUAUCAUUUCGAAAAGAGAAAGUCUAUCAGCCAA